AUGCUAGGCUGGGUUCUUAGACGAGGGUUGGAGGGCGCGUCUGGUGGAAACAGAGGAAACCCAGACGACACGACGCAGAUUGAGCAACCAGACACGCCAGCGCCCGUUUUCGCUGCGCGCGCGCUGAAAAGCGCAAUCUUUGGGACACCCGCGCGACCUGAAGACGACAACGUCGCAGGCAUGGCGCAUCGUAGAGACGCUGACGACUCCGACGCGGAUUCGCGAACGCCACUGAAACCCCAGGGUAUCCUCUUAACUCCCGGAACCGGGACUUCGCGGCGAAAGCGCGUUUCGUUCGGGCAUGACGUGUUGGACAAUAAGAAAGUCGACAACAAGAAGGGCAAGGGGAAGGAUACCGACGAACGGCCCGGAAAGUUCCCCGACAGCUUUGCCGACUCGACCAGCGACUCUGCGAGCAAGCGCACCAAGUUGACGGAGGCAUUGGAGAACUCUCGGCGGAACAAGGGAACCGCGAGCUCACGAGAGAGGAGCCAGACGCGCUCCGGCACAGCGAGAGGAGACGAUGCGGAGGACGAGUGGGAAGAGGCCGAUGACGACCAGUGCACCCAAGACAUCACGAUUGACCUUAAUGAGCCUCAUUCGCGGUCGGGCAAAUAUUGGAAGUCGGAAUUCGAACAGUAUCACCAAGACGCUAAAGCCGAGAUGGAGAAAUUGCUCAAGUACAAGCAACUGGCAAAAUCCUAUGCCAAGAUGAAGGACGCCGAGGCCAUCGACCUGAACGCAAAACUUAAGGAGGAGCAAGAGAAGGCAUCACAAAUGGAAAAGAAGAUAUCCGAGAUGGCUGCACAGAUCGCUUCGAAGCGCGUCAGCGGCGAGGAAAGGGACAACCCACAGUUGAUGAAGGACUUGGCCAAACAGACCGCUGUCGCCGUCGAAUACAGGACACAGGUGAAGGAGUUGGCAGCCUUGCUGGAGAAUCGUGAGGGAGACGAUGACGAGGGAGAUGCACAAAGCAGACGCCGAAGACAGGCCGCUUCUCCACGGACGCACAAAACAUUGCUUGAAACGCAGCGCGAGUUGAGAAAAGCUCGAGCACAAGUGAGGGAGAAUGGCCAAUUGCGAGAAGAAGUCGAGCGCUUGAAGUCCGACCUCCUCUUUGCCGAGCAACGAGCAAACAAACUCGCCGAGGAAAACAAGCGACUCGCUGAGCAACAGCCAUUACAGAACAAGGAGACGGCCCCAUCGAACAAAGACGUGGACGAGGUACAGGAAAUGUGUCGACGAAAGGACGAAGAGUUGCGCAAGCUGAAGUCAGACUUCGAGUCUUAUCGAGCUGACGCCGAAGCCACGCAAGAAGAUACCCGGCGCAUCUUGGAAAAAGCAACUGAAAAGAUCAACGAACUGAAGAAGGAGAUCAAGACUCUCAAGGCGGGUUCAGCGGAGGCGUCUAAGACCAAGGGUGCAACCACUGCUUCAGCAGACCGUGAGCCAGUUGCGAGGGAGCAUCGGGCCCAAGACAACGACCGCCUCGUUACGACUAGCAAAGUCCAGAAGCCGUCGGUUGAUACUGACCGGCGAAGCCUCGAACUAGUGGAGUCUUUGGGCCGGAAGCUCAAUGAGACGAAGUCACAGAAUCUUCGGGAUAAGUAUCAGCAAGACGCCGAUUCUCUCAGCUCGGAAGAAGACGAGCCUGUGGCUGCGCCCAUGCGACGUCCGCAAUCCGAAAUCUUUUCAAACCGCGUCGAACUGGACAAGCCUAAAUGGAGGCCCUUCAUCCCGAGGUCACCACGCAACAGAGAAUAUCUCGGUCCCGAUCUGAAUGAACGGAUCGUAACCUCGAGCGAGGUCCCUUCGGGGACAACACCGAUGCCACGGCAUAGGUUCGCCAGCAAGGCAAAUAGCCAUCCCGUCGACCUGUUGGAAGACCGGUUCGCCCGACUCGGCGGCCCGGACAUCGACGCUAGCGCCAUGAUGACGGCCAACAUGUCGAGGAGCACACUGCCUCCCGAGAGGCGAGCCGCAGCAAUUGCAAGGAUAGAACAGAGGAAGGCCGACAAGAGACGAGCUGUGUCAGGCCAGAGCAGCAACAAGGAGAAUGUGCGUCCUCGACGCUGA